GAAGCAACUGUCAUCCCAAAAGAUCCUGAUGGCCAGGCCAGCUGGGAGCAGGGGCUGAAAGAAGAAUUUUAGCAUGGCUCCCUGCUUGUACCUUAAAUAUCUUCCAUGCAGUUCACAGGAUUUAAUUUUAGACUCCACAUGCGGUAGGAGCAAAUGGUUCCUAGCUGAAGUCAAAGUCAGAGGCUUCUCAGUUUGCUCUGUCCUGAGUCAUAGAUUGGACAGAAGUUGUCCUUCCUUUUGAUAUCAGCGGAAGAAAGAAGUUUACGCAAAUAUGUCAAACAGUAGGAAAGACUUUGAGGAUCUCAAUGAAGAGGAUAUGGACGAGGAUGAACUCCUUGCAAUGCUUUCACCCGAGGAGCUUAAGGAGCUCCAGAGUGAGAUGGAUGUUAUUAUUGCCCCAGAUGAGAGGGUACCGGUGGGGCAGAGGCAAAAGGACCAGACGGAGAAGCCUCCAACAGGGACGUUCGACCACAGAUCCCUGGUUGGUUACCUCUACUGGGAGAAAGAGUCCAACCGUAUGCUUGAGGAAGAAAGAGUGCCUGCUAUUCUGCUGCCCAGUGAGAAAGCUUUGAGGGAGGAAACUGAAAAGAAAGACGAGGAAGAAGAUGUGGAAUAUGAAGUAAUAGAGGAAGUCAUUGAGGAAGAAGCUGUAGAUGAUACAGAUGGAGAGGAAAUUAUAGAGAUCAUUGAGGAAAUUGUUGAAGAGCUUGACGAGAGGGAUGAAAACGAUGAAAAGGACAAAGGGGUGGAUGAGGAAGAUGAGGAAGAGGUGAAGUCACUUGUGAACAAUGGCAAACGUGAAAAUAUAGACAAACAUGUAGAUCCUCUACACGCUAACAGAGAAAAAGUGUCAAAAAACAAUGCAGAUGACAAUCAGCCUUUUCCAGACACAAAGGAGAAGAGUGAGAGCAUAGCCCCAAAACACGGCACAUCACAAGUUGAAGAGAAAGAGGAAAUUCAAACUACAGACUCUUUGCUUCCCAAAGAGGCUCCAGAGGAGCCCAAAAUAAGCAAAACCAAUGAUGAGCCACUGCCGAAAGAAGAGAGAACUACAGACUCUUCGCUUCCCAAAGAGGCUCCAGAGGAGCCCAAAAUAAGCAAAACCAAUGAUGAGCCCCUGCCGAAAGAAGAGAGAAAAAUUAACAAAUUACAACUUCCAAAGCUGGCAUUCAACAAUAUAAAAAUGACAUCAAGACCCUCAGGAAAUGAGACAAACUUGGAGUCGACGCUCGACAAAAUCCGCAACAACAACCCGUCUAUCACUGAGGUAAACCUCAACAACAUAGAAAACAUUCCCAAAGAGAUGCUCUUGGAUUAUGUCAACGCUUUGAAGAAGAACAAACAUGUGAAAACCUUCAGUAUUGCCAACACUGGUGUUGAUGAAAACAUAGCUUUCAACCUGGCCAACAUGUUACGAGAGAAUCGCGGCAUCACCACUUUGAAUAUUGAGUCCAACUUUGUGACCGGGAAGGGCAUCGUCGCCAUCAUCCGCUGCCUCCAAUUCAACGAGACUCUCACAGAGCUGCGUUUUCACAACCAGAGGCACAUGUUGGGUCACCACGCAGAGAUGGAGAUCUCACGCCUGCUCAAGGCCAACAACACCCUCCUGAAGAUGGGCUACCACUUUGAGCAGCCGGGGCCCAGGAUGGUGGUGACCAACCUUCUAACCAGGAAUCUGGACCGCCAGAGGCAGCUGAGGAAGGAGGAGCAAAAGCAGCAGCAAGUGAAGGAGCAGAGGGAGCUGAUGCAGAUGUAUGAGAACAGCCUUAACCUACCGCCUGGUUUACUUGAGAUGCUCGGCUACAUACCGCCUCUAGAAGUCCUGCAGGAGCAUGGGCUUGUCCCACCCUCGUUUGAACUGAGCACUGUACCUCAAACCCACCACCAGACGGGACAGCCGGAGCCUCAGAAGGAACUCAAACACAAGAGCACUCCCAAACAACCCAGUGCCGAACCAGCAAACGCAUUGAGGGACGUCCAGUUGAAGAGGACUCCCAAGAAACGUGACCCUUUUCUGGACCUGGACCCGAGGGAUAACAGGAGACCAGAGAAUGCAAGUUUCAAACUGAGGAAGACUCCCAAAGAGAAGGAUGCAGGCAGUGGAGAGGUGGCAGAUGAAAGAGAAAACCUGACUGACGUGAUUAAGACUUUGAAGCCCAUCCCUCGCAGACGACUGCCCCCUAAGGUUGAUGUCACACCCCGCGACCAGCUCCUAGAUGCAAUCAAAAAGAGCAACGUGGCCUAUCUCAAAGCUGUGCCGCUCCCUAAAGUUCUGGAAUCAAGUGAAACGAGUCUCCUCUGAGGCUGCAACUUCAGCCGUUUGUUUUCUUCACCAUAUAGUUUUCUUUAUUUUACAUGUAUUCUCAAAUGCACUGUGCAAAAUAAGAGUGAACCAUGCUUUCCUAACACAUAAAACAUAUCGGCUGGUUGUUGUUUCAGUCUUGUGUUGUUAUCACACUGAAUGCUGUCUUUAGGAAGUUGUAACAAAGGUACAAAUUACCAACACCCUAUUCAAUUUAAAUCAAAGUAGAUAACCUAAUCGUCAUUUGCUAUUGCCAUUGUUCAUAUAUUUCUUAUUGUGCAAAUAAAAUAGAUUUUUAUUGUAGUUGUGUUAGAUUAAAUGUUAGAUUUGCAUUUGCUAUAAAGAAAUCUUCCACUUUU